ACACUGCGGGAAUUCAGCUGCGUGUAUGUGAGGCAGAGAGAAGGGAAGAUUUGGGAUUUCGUCAGCAGCGUCUGUGCUGUGCUGUGACAAAAAUAAUGGCCUAGCAGUCCAGCUAGCUGCAAGUGUUUCCUCGUGGAUGUGUGUGUGCUUCGGGUUAUAAGCAGUGGUAAAACAUCUCCACAGCAGCCAUCCCCAGCAGCCCUUCCACUCCCCCGGCAGACUCCAGCAGCGUGAGCAGGAUGGAGGCCUCAUUUGGCCCAACCUUCUCAGCCGUGGCUGCAGGAGCUAAAGCAGAAGGGUCCAGCACCUACAAAUCGCACAGAAGAACUCCUUCCUCCUCCAGCACUCUAACCUACUCCCCCCGCGAUGAUGACGAUGGAAUGCCUCCCAUUGGUACUCCUAGGAGGUCUGAUUCGGCCAUCUCAGUUCGAUCACUCCAUUCCGAGUCCAACAUGUCUCUGCGCUCCACUUUUUCUCUGCAUGAGGAGGAGGAAGACACGGAACCCCAGGUGUUUGCUGAACAGCCGUCAGUAAAACUCUGCUGCCAGCUCUGCUGUAACGUCUUCAAGGACCCUGUCAUCACCACAUGUGGGCACACCUUCUGCAGACGAUGUGCCUUGACUUCAGACAAGUGCCCAGUGGAUGCAGCUAAGCUGACGGUUGUGGUGAACAACAUCGCAGUAGCAGAGCAGAUAGGAGAGCUGUUCAUCCACUGUAAAUACGGCUGCAGGGCCACAGCCAGUGGUGCGGCAGGGGCUACAGCCUCCAAUGCCACAGUGGCCGGGAAGCCUGGAGCGUACGAGGUGGACCCACUGGGCUGCCCGUUCACUAUCAAACUGUCCACACGGAAAGAACAUGAGGCCAGUUGUGACUACAGGCCAGUCCGCUGUCCCAACAACCCCUCCUGCCCCCCGCUGCUCACCAUGAACCUGGAGGCUCACCUCAAAGAAUGUGAGCACAUCAAAUGUCCACACUCCAAAUAUGGCUGUACGUUCAUCGGUAACCAAGACACGUAUGAAACACACCUGGAGGUGUGUAAAUUUGAGGGAUUGAAGGAGUUUCUGCAGCAGACCGAUGACAGGUUCCAUGAGAUGCAGCUGACUCUGGCCCAGAAGGACCAAGAUAUUGCCUUCCUGCGCUCCAUGUUGGGCAAACUAUCAGAGAAAUUAGAUCAGCUAGAGAAGAACCUGGAACUCAAAUUUGAUGUGUUGGAUGAGAACCAGAGUAAACUGAGCGAGGACCUGAUGGAAUUUCGUAGAGAUGCCUCCAUGCUUAACGAUGAAUUGUCCCACAUCAACGCCAGGCUCAACAUGGGAAUUCUGGGCUCAUACGACCCCCAGCAGAUCUUCAAGUGUAAGGGCACGUUUGUUGGCCACCAGGGUCCCGUCUGGUGUCUGUGUGUCUACUCCACUGGAGACCUGCUCUUCUCAGGAUCCUCAGAUAAGACUAUCAAGGUCUGGGACACCUGCACCACCUACAAGUGUCAGAAAACCCUUGAGGGUCAUGAUGGCAUCGUACUGGCUCUGUGUAUCCAGGGAAACAGGCUAUACAGUGGCUCUGCAGACUGCACCAUCAUUGUAUGGGACAUCCAGACCCUGCAGAAAGUCAAUACUAUCCGUGCCCACGACAACCCUGUAUGUACACUGGUCUCCUCCCACAACAUGUUGUUCAGCGGCUCCCUCAAGGCCAUCAAGGUGUGGGACAUCGUUGGCACAGAGCUGAAGCUGAAGAAGGAGCUGACCGGUCUGAAUCACUGGGUUAGAGCACUGGUGGCCUCCCAGAACCACCUGUACAGUGGCUCAUAUCAGACCAUCAAGAUCUGGGACAUCCGCUCUCUGGAGUGUGUUCACGUCCUACAGACCAGCGGGGGCAGCGUCUACUCCAUUGCUGUCACCAACCACCACAUCGUCUGUGGCACUUAUGAAAACCUAAUCCAUGUAUGGGACAUUGAGUCUAAAGAGCAGGUGCGGACCCUUACAGGUCAUGUGGGGACAGUUUAUGCUCUCGCUGUCAUCUCCACCCCUGACCAGACCAAAGUGUUCAGCGCCUCCUACGACCGUUCCCUCAGGGUGUGGAGCAUGGACAACAUGAUCUGUACCCAGACCCUGCUGAGACACCAGGGUAGUGUAACAGCUCUGGCCGUUUCCAGAGGCCGCCUCUUCUCCGGAGCUGUUGACAGCACCGUCAAGGUGUGGACAUGCUAAAUGAACAGUUUGCUCUGCAGUUGAGUCCAGAUGACUUCGCAUCUCAUUAACCUUUCCACAUCAUUUCCUCUUCCCCACCUGUUUCUUUGAUUGUGAUUUAACGGCCACAGACCAAUAACAACCACCACUCCACAGUCAAGCUGCAUUUGAACUGUUUUACUAAGUGUUGCUUUUAAAACUCCAAACAAACACUCCGACACGUUGACCCGAUCGUCAGGAUCGUGGGUCAGCUCCAUGUCACACUCCUUGGUGACCUCGGUGACCCAGCGCAUUACAGGGCAAAUUAAGACGAGCUGCCUUAACGGUUGCAACACACUGCGCCAUAAAAGAGAUUGAAUGGGCGCUGCACUCCUGUAAUCAGAGCAGGAAGCAGAGAGGAUUAUGGUUGUUAGAGUUUUUCAAACUGUAAAUGGUCCUGCCUGUUUCCUGCAGAUACACCUGCCAUUUAAGAACUGUACUGAUGAUGCCUAAUGUACAGUAAACUGUUCAAAUAAUGUAAGGGCUGGUUUCGUAAACAUGUACUGAUGCCACAAUCACUCCAAAUGUUUAUGUUAUGUGACUUUUCAAAAGCCAAUACACUCCUGAGAGAACUCCCAGAAUGCAGCUUUCAUUUUAUGCAAAUUAAGUAGCAGCUGUUUUAUGCUGAAAUUCAUGUGAACAGUGCUUUUUUGAGUUGGACUUCAUUGAGUCCUACCCAGCGAAUCUCUUCCCUCUUGCUUCCAUAUUGUGGUUAGAGGUCAAAGGUCAGCAGCCCUGCAGCUGUUGACCAACCAGUUUCUUGCUCAGACACCUCAGCAAGUGACCUACUGUUGACUGCUGUAAGUGAUUUGAGUAGAAGACAGUGGAGGUCACAUGUACUGUAUAGUCAAAGCAGAAACCCAAUGUAGCUAAAAUUAUAUUAUGUCAGUAUUUUAACAGGUAAAGGGCAGUAUUUUUUUUCCAGUGUGCUCUCUGUCUUGCUCUGAACGAUGGUGAAUGAGGUCGAUAAGUUUUUAAUGAAAAGAAAGCAAAUAUUCAGUUAUUGAUGGCCAUUAUUCAAGGCAAACUCAAUGUAGAGAGAGAGCGCUGGCAGUAGCAGUGCUGCUGCAGACACACUGGCGAUGUGGACACACACUCAUGCAAGCUGCAGCAGUCAGCGAUGCAGCCGCCACGCAACCUAGGCAGUGUGUCUUUGGCGAUAGUCAAGGCAAUAGAUUAUUGCAGUUACAACCUCUGAGCUAUGUGUAUUUUGAUUUGACUCUAAACCUCAACUUCAGUCUGGAUCCGCUGAGACUUUGGCUAAGCAUGUUUUCAGAUUUUAGGGGCUUUCACACCUGACACAUUUGGUUGUGUUUUGUUAGAUGCAUUUGUUCUGGUGGUAGUCUGGUCUUAUGACGUCACCAAAACUGAGCAAUGAAUGACUUCAUGCUCACAGUUCUUGGCUCAUUUGUAAACAGUGUGAACUUGAAAACACAGCAGAACUAAAAAGGAGCAAUGGAUCUAAACCAACUGAAGUAAACUCCAGGUGUGAAAGCAACCUUCACCUGGUUUUGUAGCUGGUUAAAAUUUAUUAUCCACUGCAUUUUAAAACCAGCUAGUGAAUUGCCUUGGCUGCGUAGCAUUAAUAAUUUUCCAGUUCUUAGCAGACAGAGUGUUCGUCUCUUGAUUCAACAUUUCUGUUCUAGACCAAGAAAAAGUGCACAUAUCAACAUGGAUGGAUGCAGGUGCAAUAACACAUUUUCUCACUCCUUGUUUACUGUAGUUGUCGCACAGUUCGGUCUUGUGAAACCAGCCUUUACAAAACACCUUUUAAUAAGUGCAGAAUUUAAAGAGAAUGACAGAUCUAUAGAUUUACUGAGUUUUAUAUUAGUGCCAUGAUAGAGCUGUAUUCAGAGCCACUCAACGGUUAUACAGUUGUGUAAAGUAAAAGAUAGUGCCGAGCCUGGACAUGUGCCCAUGAGAAUGACUCACCCUGGCCUACAUAACAGAGACAGGCAGAGAGGAGGAGACAGUUCGUGUGCAUGUAUGUGUCUGUUAUUGUGUAUAUGUGAGUGUGUUUCAAUGAGUGCCAUAUGUGCGGAUGAAAAGUUAGGAAAGACUGCAAUAAUGUGUAUUUCUCCCCUCUCUCUGUCUCCCUCCUCCCUCUCUCAGAUCUGUCUUCAGCUGGUUAGAAUAAACGUAACCACAGAUUAACACUUUAUGAGUGUAGCACUUGAUCGACUCACAGAAGGCAAGAGGCGGACUAGGUGUAAUUAACCUCAAAACUCCCAGAGGCAAAGUGCCGUUGAGCUAAAGUGAAAUCCAGUGUUCCUAAAUUAUGUCUGAGGACCCACAUUGGGUUGAACAUAUGAAAAAUGACUAAAUAUGCCUGGGAGGGUAGUUUUUUAGUUAAUGAGAUCAUGUACACUCACACCAAAUUUAGACAUUUAAGCUAAAUUAGAUUUUUACAGAUGUUCGGAACUAUUUUGCUUUCAUUUCAAUGCAGAUCUGGUCGCUACUUACUUUAGCCUUGGUGUGAAAGGUAGAGGAGGGGAGGAGAGAAAGUGUCUUCGCUGGUCACAGUUUCAGUGAUUUCUUGUAUACUUGUAAUCAUGUAAGCCUGAGUUGAUCAUUGAUCAAUAAAACUGUUGUACACUUUGA